AAGUCUACUUAAGUAAGCCGUCUGGUUUCCAAUUGAUUUUUUGCUUCAAAAUAUAAUGUUCGGAAACUUGGGGUGCUAAAUUUUAAAAAAUGAGUUUGGGAGUUCAAAAUUCUUGGCUUAUGGCAAACGGGACGGAGCCGAGCGUGCGAUCGCAGGACAUGGAGACUGCGACACCGACGCCUCCGCCGGCGAUGAGGAUCAUCCACCUGGAUCUCAACGAGGAGGAGAGCCACCAGCAGAGGGUGUCGAGUAAAUACAGUGGCAUGUGCUUCCACGUGGGCAUAACGGCCAUGCUCUGCUUGAUGGUGGUGGUGAUAUUCUUCUUGGCUCCCCUGGGUGAAGACGGGUUCAAUCGGACGCCCGAGGAGCGUUUCGCCAGCCGAAGGAAGUUCUACGUGGACAACGAGCGACGACUCCGGCUGGGCAGCGAGAUGGCGCUGAGUCCGCUCGAGGAGGAGGCCAGUGCCAGGCUGAUAACCAUCAAGCAGAUGGACGAGGAGGAGCACGAUCUCUGGCGGAACUACCACUCACAGUCGCCGCCGUUCCUCAGCCAUCUCAACAUCAGCGAAACGAACCUCUAUGCGGCAUUGAGGAGCAUGCCCAAGGGUGGACUGCUCCAUGUCCACGAUACGGGAAUGCUAAGAAUGGACAUCCUGAUCGAACUGGCCUACCGCGAGAACCUGUGGGUCUGUGUCAACCAGGACCAGGGCUUCGAGGACUUCCGCUUCUCCAGGCUCCUUCCGAACAUUCCGCCAGCGGAGGACUACCACUGCGACUGGAUGCUGAUGAGCAACUUCUUCGAGCUUGAAACCCAGUCAGCAUUCGUGGACAGGCUAAAGAGGAGUCUCGCUGUUCGGACGGAAGGUUACAAGAGCUCCGCCGAGCUGGGUAGCCACCUACGACGCCACCAGAGGCUCGUCCACGGGUUAACCGCAUUCCAGCCGAUCUGGAGCGACUUUAUAUACACCAUGCUGACCGAUUUCUACGCCGACGGGGUGCAAUAUGUGGAGCUCCGUUCCUCGCUGCCAAUCAUGUACGAUCUGGAUGGCAAUAACUUUACCAUUUUGGAAACGGCAGAGGCCAUUCUUUCAGUGUCCGAUAUUUUCAAGAACACCUAUAGAGACUUUUACGGAAUCAAGCUGAUCUAUGCUCCUUCCAGGGACUUUAAUGACAGUCGCAUGAAUGAGUAUUUGGCGAAUGCCCGCAUGCUUAAGUCAAACUAUCCCAAUUUCUUUGCUGGCUUCGAUCUGAACACCUUUGGGGAUGAGUGCAAUUUGCCAGUUUUGGGAGAAGCCACUCAGCUCCUGAGGGUCGGCAAGGAUAUUGACUUAUAUUUCCAUGCGGGGGAGUCACGAUGUCCGGAUAGUUCAAAACCGGAUGAGAAUCUGCUGGAUGCCCUGUUGCUGGGGAGCAAACGGAUCGGAAACUCCGUGAAUCUGCCCUUCCAUCCGGAGAUCAUGAGAGCCAUGCGAAACCUUAGAGUGGCCGUGGAGAUUUGCCCAUUGUCCAAUCAUUAUCUGCAGUUCUUCAACGAUUUCCGACAACAUCCUGUGGCUUACCUGAUUGCCACCGGCUUUCCCAUUGUGAUUGGUUCGGAUUACCCGUCCUUCUGGAACUCCGCCCCCCUGACCGAUGACUUCUAUGUGGCAUUUGUGGGCGUGGCCAGUGGGUGGGGCAAUCUGCGCCUGCUCAAGCAGUUGGCCCUGAACUCGUUCAUAUAUAGUUCCCUUAAUGAGAGUGAGAGAAAUGUGGCCGUAACCCAGUGGCGUUGCAGGUGGAACCGGUGGGUCAGCCAGUUCGUUAACAGUAGUGGAUACCACUAGGUGCCACCGGUAAAUGUAUAUGAGAAAAUAACAUUUUUGACGUUUCUAAUUUUACUAAUAUGGAAAAGUAAACACGAACCACCAGAAUUGUGAUUAUCUUGAACCCAUACCUAAAUCUUAUGUCCUUGAAUUUUUCACCAUGCAAACCAACACAAAAUUUGAUUAAAACUUAAAAUAUUAUUGGUUUAACUAUAUUAAAAAAGAUUACUGGCACUCUUGUGAAAAGUA